AUGGGCCGUCAACGGUCACGCCAGUCGCCCGCCGCGGACCACACCCAGUUCUUCGGCUCCCAGGUCGGUGGCAAGUCUGUCAUCAACUACAGCUAUACCGACAUGCCCUUGAGACUCCUUCUGUGGGAUGUGACAUAUUUCUUCACCUUCGCCUGGGCUUUGCCGUGGGUUGUUUGGCCCGUCAGGCCAUGCGACGGCGGCCACUUUGACGAACUAUCAUUCACACCCGAGAACUUGUGGUGUGUGCUGAUCCACCUGGUCCUUGCGGUGUUCCAGUUGGCUUUCAUAGUCCUGCUUCCGGUGGCCUUCAUAUUGCCCGUUUGGCUGUUCAUCGCCGGCUUGAUCGUCUUUUUUUCAGUCAACUCGCUGCUGUGUCGGUGCUUGAACGGAAGUACCAUUACGUAUACUUCGGAUCCCAAAUAUGCACCGGCAUUGGAUGAGCACCAGCACGAGCAAUGGAUAUUCUUGAACGGCGUUGCUGUUGGCGAAGCGUGGUUGAAAAAUAACAUCAACCGCUUGGCUCUGACCUUCAAGCGACCUGUCAUUGGCGUCCAUAACCGGACGACCGGCAUCAUUUUUGACGUGGUCGAGUGCCUCAUACAGCGCAAUUUUGGAUAUGCCACGAGCGAUAUCCGCCAGGCGUACAAGAUCAUCAAGGGAAAGCUGUACAAUCCACAGUAUAGCAAAGUGGUCUUUAUCUUGCAUUCACAGGGAGGAAUAGAGGGCGGUAUGGUCCUGGACUGGCUUCUGCAAGAACUUCCACAAGACUUGCUCGCCAAGCUCGAAGUCUACACUUUCGGCAGCGCGGCCAACCACUUCAAUAACCCGCAUCGCCAUGCUGGAUCACAGGAAGCUGAAGAACAGCACCCCGACACGCGAAUCAAAAUACCUGCGACCAUAACCAGCGUACCAAUCACUGACUCUCCAGUCGAAAUGAAGACUCCGAUGCUGAAACGACAGCCGUCAAACGGGAAUAGCUCGUCGUUCAAGACGAACGGGGAACCCCAAACGCUGACAUCAAUGUCCAGCGGUCAAGUGACAUCGCCCGAGACGGCAUUCACAGUCCCGGCCUCGGAUCGGGCCAUUGGCCACGUCGAGCACUACGCUCACACGACCGAUUUCGUCGCACUCUGGGGUGUGCUACACUUCGUGAGCAAUGAGCGAGCUUCACCCGAGAUGCCCCGGUUCAUCGGCCGUGUCUUCAGUCGCACAUCACCCCGCGGUGGGCACCAGCUCUGCCAGCACUACCUCGACGGAAUGUUCCCUCUCGCUCGAGAUGCUGACGGUGAGUUUGUGGGAUGUGUCGACAGCAACGACUUCAUGGAAAGUGUGGUCGAGGUCGCCGGGAAGGGCACUGAGAAGGACGUUAUCCGCGAAGGCUUCGAGAAUAGCUGGUCCAUGAUCGAGCGUGGUGGACGGCAGGGAAGUGGGGUCAAGACCGAGGUGGCGGUCCAUGGGAGCUUCCAUGGCAACAAGGAAGAUAUCGACGACGGCAAGGUGAGAGUCAAGGACCUCAGCCGUCUCUGGCUGUACAGGAAUGGUCAAAGUCCACCUGAAGUCCCUAGGGGAUUAACAAGGGAUGAAGAUGGGAUUGUGAGGGGGGCUACCAUGUGA